CACACCUGCAGACCUGUUCAUAGUUCAUAGACAAUCAUAGUUCAUACUCUAGCUAGCUCUUCAGUUUACUGCUCAAUGAUUUGACUCUACUUCUGGGAUAGCUUCGACAGGUGGAAACAACAGUUGAACCUCCAUGAAGCGCGGUUUCCUGCAAAGAGAAGUCUUUCAUAUAUACAUAACUCGAAGAUCAAGUAAUUGACGACACAUGUAGCUCAGACGCGUAUUAUAUCGACAUAUGGCAUACAAAUAAGCCAAUGGAACAAAGGCUGUUUCGAGAUUUUGCCUGUGAAGUUAACCAUCCAUGGGGAGAAAGGAAAUGUAGUCGCCCACCACUUCAGUAAUUGGGCGUAGGCCACUCCCAAUGUGCCCUACAAUAUUUCUCCAUCACUCGGUAUCUCAUAAUACACCCACACUAAGAGAGGCUCCCCUUUUCUCAAUAGGACAAGAUAACUAAUUUUGAUAGUACAAUUAGUGAGAAAUUUCCAUCCCUGCGUUUAUGUUGCUAGUUUGUCAUGGUACAUUCACAGUUAGCAAACUUUAAGAGACAAAGGAAGAUACCCAAGAAAGGUCAAGCCUAAAGGUAAAAGUCUCAAUUCCCUUUAACCCCUUGUUAUAGUUUCCCUCUCUUAGCCUUCCAUCCAAUGAAAGUUCACGUUUUGCCCUUAAAGUUUGUAACUUUAUGUACAUCAACCAUGUUGUUCAUCUAAAUUCAAUAGGUUUUCCGUCCUUCAUUACUUCUACACAAUCUACAUUAAAAGAAAAUGAAAGAAUUGCUACAAAUUUACGGGAUACGAGUUGAUCACCUUAAAGUCAUUGUCGUUUCUCAGACACCAUUAAGUCAAUAGUCUAAUGACUAAAGUAUCUGAUUCAAAUGUGCAUUCUAGCAAUCACAAAAUUUCUACUCAUCACCAUUUUCUGAAAUUUUGUAGAGAGAAGGAAGAGAGUGUGUACCGUGUAGGUGAAGGCUGUUAAAUACCAGCUAACCUAGUACGAACUUUUUAGCUAGCCGACACCGUCCUCUUCUAACCUCUAACCUCUUUCUGCCAUCUCUGCCGUCCCCUUUUUCUCCCUUCAUUGAUCAUCAUUCAACAUCGUCAUCAUAAUCCUAACCUCCCCAGCUUUGCCUUUCUAUAAUUACCUUCCCUUUGUCUACUCUCUCUUCCUGUGCAUUACUGUACUUUGAACAGCCAGCCAGCCUUCCCCAUUCUCUGUGAAACUCUGAACUUCCCUGUACUUUCCUGUCACAAAACUGAAACCUUCCAUUCACCUGUUCUCUCCCCCUUAAACCCACCAACAAAAUCACAGCCCAAUGGUGCAAUCAAGGAAGUUCAGAGGCGUCAGGCAGCGUCAUUGGGGCUCUUGGGUCUCCGAAAUUCGACACCCUUUACUGAAACGGAGGAUCUGGCUGGGGACAUUCGAGACAGCGGAGGAAGCUGCGAGAGCAUACGACCAAGCCGCAAUCCUGAUGAGCGGCCGGAACGCCAAGACCAACUUCCCCGUCACCCAAUCCACCACCGACGGCGAAACCAAACCCACCUCCUCCUCCUCCUCGUCUUCAUCAUCCCCAUCAGCCCCAAUAAAAAACGGGCUGUCGGAAAUUCUACACGCCAAGCUCCGCAAGUGCAGCAAGACGCCGUCGCCGUCGAUGACCUGCCUGAGGCUCGACACCGAGAAUUCCCACAUCGGGGUCUGGCAGAAACGCGCGGGGCAGCGGUCCGAUUCCAAUUGGGUCAUGACCGUGCAGCUCGGCAACCGAUCGUCAGCUUCAAACAAUACCCACCCGGAAAAACAAGCUACUGACGAUCCAAUCGGCAGCAACAACAACAACAAUUCGGAAACAGCGGCGGCAGAGCCGGUGCCGGCAAUCAGGAAGGAAAUUGAGGAAGAGGAGAGAAUCGCGCUGCAGAUGAUCGAGGAGCUGCUGAAUCGUAAUUUCCCCAGUCCAAGUGCGAAUCCGAGUAAUGGGUUUGGAAUCGAAGGAGCGGCGGAAGCAGGGGAGGAGAGUGGCAGUGGGGAGCUGAGUGAGCUGCUUCAGGGGAGCUUUUUCAUUUGAGGAAGAAGAAGAAGAAGAAAAAAAACAGAGUGGGUGUCUCUAUCAUGUGAUAUCUGUUGUCUUACUCUUUUCACUUUAAAAGUUUCUUUUUCUUCUUUAUUUAAUUUGUCAAUUAAUUAUUAGAUGUGAUAUUUCAUAUUUGUAUAUGGAUUGGAAAUUUGCAAGUGAAUUUCCUUUAAUAUGUUUCUUUUCAUGAUUAUAUGUUGCCCAAUGUAAGGAGGAAAUGCAAAUUUUGGGGUAUUAUAAUAGGGGAAAAUAUAGUAUCCAAGAUAGGGAAACAAUAAUACAAAUGUAAUUUUUAAACAGAAGAUAGUAUAAUAAUAUCAAUGGAGUAUUUUCAUUCCUACUAGUUUCAUCAUGAAGAGCUCCGUUUAUGUAUUUUUACAUUGUGAUAUGUCGAUGUUUUUUUUCUCGAUUGAUGUGUUUUGUGUUUGACACAAAGUAUUAUUUUUAACGAGUUUUUCAUUAAAUAUUGAAAUUUUAACGAAUAUUAUUUUAUAAGGGCGAAAUAGGUUUGUUUUUAAUGUUACUAUGACCAAAUCUCUUUGUUCGCAAAAUUUUAAUGGAUAUAUCCUACAAAUUUAGUUUCAAAUGGAAUUAAUUAGUUUAGAUGAAAAUAUCGUUUAUUUAAGUAUUUGAUAAAUUAGGAUGUUUUUAGGUCUCUGAAAUUCUUGUUGAUAUGAAAAAAGGUUAGGAUGAUGUAUUUGGCAUCUAGUUUCUGAAAAAUAUAGGGCCAUAUUUAGAUAAAUCAAGUUUGGCGGUGUAUGGCAGAGAAGCUAUAGUUCUUCCUCAACUCUCAAAUCAUGUAAAUUUUUUAGUGUAGUUUUCAACCCCUUGGUUCAAAUUUUCUAAACAUAGAUUUUUAGCCCCUGAUUCAAAUUUAUGCUAACGAUAAAGUUAACUAUCUAAAUAACGAUAGUGAGGGAAAAUGUGUAUAAAAAGUGGGUGCAUGUAUACACAUGGCUGACAACUAGGUUUGCAAAUGAGCCGAGUCGAUCUGAGUUUUGUCUGACUUGGACUCAACUAAUUAAUAAACGAGUCGAAUUCGAGCCUGACUCGUUUAUUAGCAAGUCCAGUCGAGCUCGAUUCUCGCUCAUUCAUAUACUAUGUUGAUAUCAUAUUAAUUAGUUCAAAAUUUUUUAACUAGUUCAUGUUAUUUCAUAGUAAUUAGUUUCUAAACGAUAUAUGAUAUACAAUUUCUUUAUUUAAAUUAUAAAUGAUACAUAUGUGUUCAUAUACCGAAAGUCUUGAUCAUUUGUUUUGAUAUAUAUAACUUAACAAACCUAUGAAAUUAUCAACAAACCAACUCAUAAUAUAUAGAUCGGUUCGCUCAUAAUUCGGCACUCCAUUAUUGAGACAUAUCAUAAGUUUAAAACGAUUGAUCAGUUCAACAAAGCCACUGAAACGAGCUAGCUCGCGACCUUGUCAAACUCAACAAUGCUUACCUCAACCUCGACUCGUAGUAAACGAGUCGAGUAUCGAACGAGAUUUUCUCGAACCGAACAUCGAGCCGCUCGUGAACAACUCAGCUCAUUCGCAAAUCGCGGCCCUACUGAUGGCCCCUAGACAUCUAUAGUCUACUUAUGAUAUAUAAUCAAAUGACACAUAAUUGUAAUUAUAAUUUAACGUGUGUGUUGUAGCUCUAGCUUAAUUAGGACCACACAUCGUGGAGAUUAUAAUGAUCUCUUAGCUAGGCUAUCUAGGUCUGUUGUGUAGAUAAUGUAUUAAAUAACCAUCUCGUUUCAUUAUUACUACGCACCUAGCUUAUCAUUAUUACCAUUUUGGUAGUACGUAAUCAAAAACCAUGAUCAAUGGUGAAGUCAAGACUUGAAGGGAGUGUUAGAAAUCAGAAAAACCCUUUUGUCAGAGGAUAAAUCAGUAGGCUGUAUUUAGCGGUAUGAAGUGGUUGAACCAUGGUUAAACCACGAUUUUAGCAUAAAAUAUCCUAUCGCUA